UGAAAGCUCUGAGUUCAGGACGGAAGAGAUGGUGUAGGACCGGAACUGGUUUGGGAGGAGGGCGUUUAUCAAAUCUUGUACACACAGCGGCCUGAGGCCGGCGGUUGGACAUGAUGCGCAGUAAGGCCGAAGUGGACAGGUACAUUGCUUCGGUGCAGGGCGUCACGCCGCUCUCACCCCGUGAGAAAUCACUCAAAGGAUUUUUAUUUGCAAAACUCUAUUAUGAAGCCAAGGAGUAUGAACUUGCGAAGAGGCAAAUAUCCGCUUACAUAACCGUACAGGAAAGGGAUCCAAAAGCGCACAAGCUUCUUGGCCAGAUCUAUGAGUCUGAAGGCAACAUUGAAAAAGCCAUUGGUUGUUAUAAGCGGGUUGUGGAGCUGAAUCCUGUUCAGAAGGAUAUGAUCCUGAAAGUAGCUGCUUUGCUGUGUAGUAAUGGAGACCUGAUUGAUGGAAGAGCUGAAUACUGGGUGGAGAAGGCAGCCAAGCAUUUUCCUGAUAAUGGAGUAGUUUACAAACUGAAGGAGAAGCUGCUGAGCUCAAAAGGACAAUUAGACCAUUCUCAACUGUUUGACCUUAUUCAGUCAGAAUUGCAUUCAAGGCCCAAUGAUCCUCAUGCUAAUAUACGUUUGGUGGAAUUUUACUGUUCUGUUGGGAAACUUGAAGAAGCAGUGAAUUUCUGUAUAAGUACAGAAAAGAAAAGAACCCUUUGUAAAUGUGUAGAAUGGUACACCUGCAUGGUACAAACAUUGAAGAACUAUAUCAGUUUGUCAAAUAUUUCAUCAGAUGAUAAAAACAAAUGGAGAUUUUUGCAGAAGGAAUUGCUCCUGGCGUCAUCUAAUCUUAUGUUCCUGACAUUAUCGGCCAGAAAUGUCCAAGAUGUUGUAAAUGCUCUAAUGAGCUUUGAUUAUACAAUGCAUAUCGCAAAGUCAUGCUUGACUGCAACAAUGGAUGAUCUUUCGGCUACUUUCACUGAAAUGCGAGGGCAUCUGUACUUACAUGCUGGAACAUUACUUCUGAAAAUGGCUCAACAGAAUGCAAUUCAAUGGAAAGCAGUUGUAGACCUUGCAGCACUCUGCUACUUAAUUGCUUAUCAGGUUCCAAGACCUAGGCUGAAAUGUGUAAAGGCAGAAGACACAAACCAGGAAAUGAUUAAUUGGUUAGCAUCGGAUAGGCAAAGUCAGUCAGGGCAUAUGUUAAUAAGCUUAAUGUCAGGAAAGCCUGACUUUUACAAAGAAGUGGUGGAAACAUUUGCAAACAAAAGUGGCCAGGCUGCAUUAAUUGAAACACUAUUUGGAAGUCGGAUAUCUGUUGAAAGAUCUUUUCUUGCCAAUGAUGAUAUUAGGAAUGUUACAGAAGAGCACCCAAAUUGGAAUGAACUCAUAAAAUGGGAUGAUGCUUCUGUUAAACUACAUGGUGGAAAUCUGCAGCAUCUUGCUUGGCUUGGUUUACACCAGUUUUCAAUGGAACAGUUACCUAUGGUACGAAAUUGGCUGAAGCAGUUGUUUCCUCGACUGCCCCAAGAAACCUCUCGACUUGAAACCAAUGCUCCUGAGACUAUUUGCAUUUUAGAUCUUGAGGUUUUUCUUCUUGGAGUGAUAUAUUCAUGUCAUACACAGUUACAGGAUAAAUCAGAUCUUCACUACAGUAUGCACCAACCAAAGUGCAUGCCACUACCAAUUAGUAAAUUGUUGUAUACAGAUCGACAGAGCGCUUGGUGGGAUGCUGUUUACAGCCUUGUCUACAAAAAAGCACAACCGGGUACAUCAGCUAAACUAAGACUAAUGAUUCAACAUGAACUUGGUACAUUGAGGGCACUAGAAAAGCAUGGACUUCAGCCUGCUCUAAUUAUACACUGGGCUCAAAGCCUCAUUAACAUUGGAAGUGGAUUAGAUUCAUACUAUGAUCAAAAAGAAUACAUUGGACGGAGUGUCUACUAUUGGAGGAAAGUCCUGCCCUUAUUACACAGCAUCAGAAAGAAAAGGAGCAUUCCUGAACCUAUUGAUCCUUUAUUUCAACAUUUCCGUAGCAAAGAUAUCAAGGUCACUGAAGUUGAGGAUUAUGAAAAGGAAGUGAAAAAUGCUUUUGCAACACUUGAUGUCGUUGAUGGAAAAAUUGAUGAAGCAAUUGCUGCUUUCGAAUCUAUCAAUAAUAUUGUUGCACAUUGGAAUCUUGCUUUGAUAUUUCACAGGAGAUCGGAGGAAUAUGAAAAUAGCAAUGAGAUGGCUUCUGAUGAGCAAGAACAAUGUAAAAAUUGUUUGCUCAGCAGCAAAGAAUACCUCAGAAAGGUCUUGAAUGAAGCUGAAUCAAACAUUGCAGCUAUUCAUAGUUUGCCUGUAUCAAUAGAUACAGUGAAAGAAAUGCUGGAGUUAGUAAAUCAACAUCUUCAAGAAUAUGAUGGAGAUGUGCUUGACCAUGGAGAAGAAAUAAAUGACAGUUCCCAAACAGCUGAAAAUGGCACCUCUGUGGAGUCAUUACAAGUUAAACACCUGACCCCAUCUCCAACAAAGCUUACUCCAUCACCAACCAAGAGCUACAAGUGGUCUCCAAAGACUCCACCUCGUUGGGCUGAAGAUCAGAAGCAUUUAUUGCAGAUGCUUUGCCAGCAAGUAGAACAGCUGAAGGAUGAAGUGCGUGAACUCAAGCUAAAUAAUUCAAAUACAACUGAAUCACCACAUCCUCGAUGGCACACAGACAGUUAUGGUGCAGAUACCCAUUCAGAAGGUUACCAGAAUGUGCACAAUUUUCAGGGAGCACCAUUAACGGUUUCUACCUCAGGGCCUUCUGUGUUCUACAAUCAAUCCCCAGCAUAUAACUCACAAUAUCUUCUUGGAACAGCAGCCAAUGUGACUCCAAACAAGCCUCCUGCCUAUGGAAUGGGUCGGGUUCCACCACAACAGUCAAUGUAUGGUUAUCAACAGCAGACUCACACACCACCUGUUCAGACCAACGCUCCUUGUAUGUAUUCACAGGAUAUGUAUAGAACACAGUUACGUUUUGAAUCUCCUGCAACAGGAUUACUUUCCCCAUUUGGUGACGAUUACUACAGUCAUAGUGUUCCACAGACAAACACAAACCCACCAUUGCCAGAGCCUGGUUACUUCACUAAACCAUCAGUGAGAAUGCAAAUGACAAAACCUACAGAAAUGAAGGGGAUAGAAUUUGGAAAACUCAACCAACAAAUGCAGCAUGAAGCCACAAAAGGUACUUUGGGUACUGCCCUAAUGCAUUCCACUCCAGCAACAGCAUUCAAAUUUAACUCUAAUUUCAAGAAUAAUGAGGGGGACUUUACAUUUUCACCACCCCAGUUGAAGACUCAACCACCACCUUCAUCUUCCAGUGAUAGUCUUCUGGGCAUUUUAACUUCAGGUAGAUGUAUAAAAAGUGACCAAACCAUGGGACGCAUGUUUACACAAGAAGCAAUACCAAGUCGAGGAAACCUCUUUUCCUUAAAAGGGCAGGGUUCAUUUGAUGACUCUUUAGUUCAAAAGCAAAAUAAGAAUUCAUUCAAUAAUAUUUUGAGUAACCAGACAUUUGGUUUCAAGGAUGCUGGUGACAUAAUUGGAAUGAGCGCAGGAGACAAAAGUAGGGAAGAUGAUGGGGAUAGUGUUCCUGAUGAAGAUGGUCCACAUUUUGACCCAGUGAUACCACUCCCAGAUAAAGUAGAUGUGAAAACUGGAGAAGAAGAUGAGGAAGUGCUAUUUUCCAACAGAGCUAAGCUGUUCCGUUUUGAUACUGAGACCAAAGAAUGGAAGGAGCGAGGCAUUGGCUAUGUCAAGUUACUUCAACACAGGGCAUCUGGCAAAAUCCGACUCCUAAUGAGACGAGAUCAGGUUCUUAAAAUCUGUGCAAAUCAUUACAUAACAGCAGACAUGAAAUUGAAGCCAAAUGCAGGAUCUGAUAAAUCGUGGGUCUGGUGUGCUUUAGAUUAUUCUGAUGAAAAGCCAAAACAUGAGCAGCUUGCUGUUCGAUUUAAAACUGCAGAUGAGGCUGCAUUGUUCAAAACAAAAUUUGAAGAAGCGCAAAUCUUAGUUAAUGGUCAAAAGUUAAAAUCGAGUAGCCCACCCAGCCAAGAAAAGAAAACUGGAAUCAAAAUUAAGACUGAGGACAUGCAAUUAGGUGCCAUUAAAUCUACUACUGAACAAUCUGGAUUUGGUGCUCAGUUUGCUAGGAAAGAUGGCGAAUGGGACUGUAGCUCAUGUCUUGUACGAAAUUUUGCAGCUGCUUCUGUGUGUGCAGCCUGUCAAAAUCCUAAAACCAUUACUGGAAAUAACGGUUUUCCCUCCAUUUAUCGAAACUCUGAGCAAAAUGGAAGUGAAGUUGGAGCAACUGAGAAGAUUGCUACAGCUUUUACUAAAACAAUAGGAUUUGGUGAUAGAUUUCCUAAGGAUGCCCAGUGGAAUUGUAGUGCAUGUUUUCUUCAAAAUGAAGCUAACUCAUCAAAUUGUGUAGCUUGCCAGGCACCAAAUUCCACCAAGAAUGGCAUUAGUUCAACCACUCAGGCACCUGCAAGUUUUCCAUUUAGUGCUCAGGAAGACGCUACAAAGCCAAGUACACCUGCUAGUUUUGGUCCACUGUUUGGAAAAAUGGAUGGUCAAUGGGAUUGCAUUGCAUGUAAUGUCAGAAAUGAAGUGACUGCACAAAAGUGUGUCUCCUGCCAGGCACUAUGUCCAUCCUGUAAAGAUUCUGGUGUGUCAUACAACCAACCUGUGACUACCUUUAAGUUUGGUCUUGACUCUGUGUCUGCAAAAACACCAAAAGGAUUUGAUGCAUUUCACAGAAAGGAAGGGCAGUGGGAUUGUGAGACUUGUUUGGUAAGAAAUGAACCAAAUGUGGCAAAAUGUGUAGCUUGCCAGAUGCCCAAACCUGAUGGCAAUGUUAUAGUUGCACCCAUGAACCAAUCAGCGUCAGCCUUCAAGUAUGGUGAGAAAGCAUGUGCACCUGCACAGGCAGGAUUUGGAGGAUUGUUUGCGAAAAAGGAGGGGCAGUGGAAUUGCACCACCUGUCUUGUGAGAAAUGAACCAAAUGUGGCAAAAUGUGUAGCUUGCCAGAUGCCCAAACCUGGCAAUGUUAUAGUUGCACCCAUGAGCCAAUCAGCGUCAGCCUUCAAGUAUGGUGAGAAAGCAUGUGCACCUGCACAGGCAGGAUUUGGAGGAUUGUUUGCGAAAAAGGAGGGACAGUGGGAUUGCACCACUUGUCUUGUGAGAAAUGAACCAAAUGUGGCAAAAUGCAUAGCCUGUCAGGCACUUAACCCCAACAGUAAAACUGCAGAUAUUGCAACUGCUCCUGCCCCAUUUGGCCUUGCCAAUGCUUAUUCUAAAUCUGAUCCACCUGAAUCAGGGUUUAAACUUAAUUUUCCAGCAUGUGGCUUUAAAUUUGGUCACAGUGAUAACAGCUCAACAACUGUUGAGGCAUCAUCAUGCCAACCCUCAAAACCAUUUUCUAGCACGGCGUUUACGUUUUCUUCUAAUACAGGAUUUAAAUUUGGACUGUCUGAUACGAGCAAAGACUCAACUGAUAAAAGUAACCAGCCAAUGCAAGAAGGAUCAGCUGCACUCUUCUUAAAAUCCUUUGCUGAACAGCAAAAAGAGAGGGAGCGAAUGAAUUCAAAAUCUGGUGGAGACACAAAUCGAGCAUCUGAGACUCCAAAUCAAAAUGAUGAUUUUUUUCUGGGCAAGAACUCCAAUAUUGCUACCUUUGCAGACCUUGCAAAAACUGCAGAUAAAGAAUUUCAGUUUGGUCACAAAGAUCCUAAUUUCAAAGGUUUUGAAGGAGUAGGUCAGCAGCUAUUUUCAUCAUGCACUACAAUAGCUGCCUCUGCAGAAAAUGAAGAUGAUGAAUUGUAUAAAACCGAAGAGGGGGAUAAUAUUCAUUUUGAUCCUGUUGUUCCUCUGCCUGAGAAAGCCGAACUCAUUACAGGCGAAGAAGAUGAAACAGUACUUUACUCUCAGAGAGUUAAGCUAUUUAGGUUUGAUACAGAAACCAGCCAGUGGAAGGAACGUGGUGUUGGAAAUCUCAAAGUUCUUCAAAAUAAAGCUAAUGGCCGCCUUCGGAUAUUAAUGCGUCGAGAACAAGUUUUCAAAGUGUGUGCAAAUCACUGGAUCACAACCACAAUGAAUCUCAAGCCCUUAAUGGGUUCUGAUAGAGCAUGGAUGUGGUUAGCUAGUGACUUUUCAGAUGGUGAAGCCAAACCAGAGCAACUGGCAGCAAAGUUUAAAACACCUGAAUUGGCUGAAGAUUUUAAAGAGAAAUUCGAAGAAUUUCAAAGGCUGUUGCUAGAUAUUCCACUGCAGACUCCUCAUAAGUUAUUAGACAAUGGUAGGACGGCUCGGCUAAUCCAGAAAGCUGAAGAAAUGAAAAGUGGUUUAAAAGAUUUGAAACAUUUUUUGAAAGAUGAAUCAGGAAGGUUAAAUGAUGAAGGCAAUAUAGUAACGAGUUCCACUUCUGAAAGCAACAAUGCCUCUGGUUUAGUAAUUAAACCACAUUCAGAAAGUACUGGCCCCACAUUGGAGUGGGAUAAUUAUGAUCUCCGUGAAGAGGCAUUGGAUACAAGUGUAUCUAGCACUGCAUAUGGGACUCCCGAUACAAGUAGUCCUGUAAAGAAAAACCUUUUCCGCUUUGGUGAUUCAACAACUGGGUUUAACUUUAGUUUCCAGCCAAGCUUGAGUCCAUUAAGAUCUCCUAAACUGAGCCACAGUGGAUUAUCAGUGGGUACAGAUGAAGAUUCUGAAUUUGGGCAAGAGGAGGAGAAAGAUGUUCAGCAUUUUGAGCCAGUUAUUCCAAUGCCUGAUUUAAUUGAUGUAUUGACAGGGGAGGAAAACGAGCAGGUUAUCUUUUGUCAUCGAGCCAAACUUUAUCGAUAUGACAAAGAAGUGAGUCAAUGGAAAGAGAGAGGAAUAGGAGACCUGAAAAUUUUACAAAAUUAUGAUUCUAAAAAAGUUCGAAUAGUUAUGAGACGGGACCAGGUUUUAAAAAUUUGUGCUAAUCACUGGUUAACACCAGAGAUAAGAAUUGAGCCCAUGAAAGGAACAGAGAAAGCCUUUAUUUGGAGCGUUAUGGAUUUUGCAGACGAUGCGGCAAAGAUGGAACAGUUAGCUGUACGGUUCAAGCAGCAAGAUAUUGCUAACUCUUUCAGGGAGCUCUUUGAAGAAGCUAAGAAGGCUCAAGUGCAGGGAACAUUAGUCACACCGUUGUCUUCAAGAGGGAAUACACCAAGAGAAUCUCCAUGUGGUAAAAUUGCAAUAUCAUUGCUCGAAGAAACUAUUAAGGAAUCAACUGAACAAACGAAUACAUGUGUUGCAUCUCCAAACAAUGCCCUAAAGUCGCAGAGUACUUUAUUGACAGAAACGCCAUCAUAUACCUCAAUAUCUCCACCAAAAUUUGUAUUUGGGUCUGAUUCUGUGAAAUCCAUCUUCAGCAAUGAGCAAGAGCGGCCUUUCGCUUUCGGUGGUUCAGCAGCUGGAUCCUUGUUUGGUUUCAGUUUUAAAAGUACUGAUUCUGCAUUAAAGGACCCAAUACAAACUGGCUCUUCUGUCGUCAAGAACAAAUUGCAAGAGGUAACGAGUGGUGGAUUUGAUUUUCGUAAAGCAGCUGCAUCUCUAUCAAAGUCUACAACGACCAGCUUGUUGCCUUCAAGCACAACAGCAGAAUCCACCGUAACUACCUUUGCAACCAAGGAUAAACCCAUGCCCACUGCAUUUAAAAUGCCACAAUCUGUUGGCGAUGAAGAUGUGCAGAUUGUUUUUGUAUUGACACCCACACCUGAACAAGCAGCUCUUGCUAAGCAGCUACAACUUCCUCAAACAUUCUUCUGCUACAAGAACAAGCCUGAUUAUUUUAGUGAUGAUGAUGAGGAUGAUGAAGAUUAUGAAACUGCUGUUAAAAAACUCCAUGGGAAAUUGUACGAAGAUAAGCGAGAGCAACAGAAAACACCUAAGACAGGUGAAGUCUUCAGAGCUGGUAAAAGUUUUGAUCCAGGUGAAUCAAAGGAGCAAUUGUGUCCGAAUGAACCAGAAGAAUUCUCUGAUGCAGGUACGUCCUUACAACUUACUGAUAGGAAGCUGCAUGCAGAAGAACAAAGGGAGCACAAGUCCUUUGCAACAGUAGAUUCCAGUGGGGCUAAUCCAGUGGAAGAUGGUGACAAAGACUGUAUUCUUGUGUGGGAGAAGGUGCCGACCCCUGAAGAGAAGUCGAAAGCUGAAAAGUUGUUGCUUCCUUCCACAUUUUUUUGUGGUAUAAACAGUGAUACUGAAGAAGAGAAGGAUGAUGAUGACUUUGAAAUUGAAGUUAGAAAAAUCAAGGAAUCACAGAUACCACAAGGAGGAAUAAUCAGCAGCUCUACUUGUGUAGAUUCAGCAUUCCAGUUGAAUGAACCAGCAAUUGUGCAGGUUAAUGUUUCAGAAGCUGAAGCUGACUCGACAACGCAAUUUGAACUUAAGGAAUUUUCAGCAGAUGACAGCAGACCCAUUGAUUUAACAACAAAAAAAGAAAUGGAGCCUGAUUCUACUACUGAAGUGAAUGGCAUAUUUGGAUUUGGUAACACGAAAACCGUUUCGUUCGCAGAUUUGGCUGCUCAGAGCACAGAAGGAUAUGCGUUUGCACCAAAAGAUGCUAAUUUCACUUGGGCAAAUGCAGGAACAGCUGUGUUUACUUCGAUGGUGUCCAGAAGUCCAUGUGAAGAUGAUGGCACUGAUGUAGUAUCUAGCAAUGACAUCCACUUUGAGCCAAUAGUUUCCUUACCUGAGGUUAAUACAAAAUCUGGUGAAGAAGAUGAGGAAAUCAUUUUUAAAGAAAGAUGUAAACUGUAUCGUUGGGACCGUGAUAUUUCUCAAUGGAAAGAACGUGGAGUUGGGGACCUAAAAAUUCUGUAUCACUCCCAAAAACGAUGUUACCGUAUUCUGAUGAGGCGAGAACAAGUUCUUAAGGUCUGUGCGAAUCAUGUUAUUACUGAAGAAAUGGAACUCAAACCAUUGAAUACAUCAAACAAUGCAUUUAUUUGGACCGCAGCUGACUACGCUGAUGGCGAAGCUAAAGUAGAACAGCUUGCAGUGCGAUUCAAAACUCCAGAAUUGGCGGCUGCCUACAAAAAGAAGUUUGAAGAAUGUCGAGAUGCAUCUUCGCAACUACAGAAAUCUGAGGAAUCCCAAGUUUUAGCCCUGUCAAAUAGCAGUAACCCUAUUGUUUAUUUUGAUGUGUCAGCUGAUGAGGAGAGCAUGGGACGAAUUACCAUGGAACUGCUAUCAAAUGAAGUUCCACGAACAGCUGAAAACUUUAGGGCCCUCUGCACCGGAGAGCAUGGUUUUGGAUUUAAAAAUUCAUUAUUUCACAGGGUUAUUCCAGAGUUUGUUUGCCAGGGUGGUGAUAUCACAAGCUUUGAUGGAUCUGGUGGGAAGUCUAUUUAUGGAGAAAAGUUUGAUGAUGAAAACUUCAUUAUACAGCACUCUUGUCCUGGUUUGUUGUCCAUGGCAAAUAGGGGCCAAAAUACUAAUAAUUCACAGUUCUUCAUUACUUUAAAGGAAGCCAAGCAUUUAAAUAUGAAGCAUGUAGCAUUUGGCUAUGUAAAAGAAGGCAUGGAUGUUGUGAGAAAAAUUGAAACCUUUGGUUCAAAAAGUGGCACCACCAGUCGAAUCAUUAUGAUUACUGAUUGUGGGCAGAUUAAUUAAAUGAAGGAUGCCCAGUUUCUCUUUGGUCAUGCUGUCUAUUUAGAAUUUGGAAUGCUGUAAUAUUGGAUGUUGCUGGGAUGUUAAUUGUACUGGUGUGAACAUUGGAUGUACAAAUUAUAUUGAUGGCUAGUAGCUGUCAAAGUUUUUGGUGUUGAAUAUUGCAUGUUUCAGAAUAAAGAUUUUGGCAAAUAAUGAGCAGUGGCAUUUAUCUUAAAUGUAAACAACAUGGCAUUUUGCAGUUCCACCCAAACUGUACAGAGCAAUUUAAACCUGGCAAUCAAAAUUCAGAGAAAUUGUCAUUAAGUUGCAACUGUUCAAAGUGUGUAACAUUUCAGAAUUAAGGUGGGACUUAGUAACUGUAUUCCAGGUCUAAAAGUGGUAAUUGCCAAAUAGGAUUUGGUGAUACCAACCAGGCCUUCCAUAUUUCUGUUUUUGGUUUAGUGCAACCAAAACACUAGAUUUUUUUUAAAAUCUAAAAUCCUGGAAUGAGGUUACAUUUGUUGGUGAUUCUGUUGCUAAGAUUAAAGCUCUGCUGUUAAAAUUACAUAUACUGAAACAGAUUUGACACUAUUGUAAAAUGUAAAGUCUUUUUUACAAUGAUUUUCUAGUAUUUGCAAAUGUGAUUGGCUCUGUAAUUUUAAAUUGGUAAAUUUAAUUAGUUAAAACUCAAACUUUAUAAAUAUUUAUAAUAAAGGUAUAAUUCAUCUACUAGUAGAUUAAAGCAAUUUCUUUCAUUUGUUUCAAAUACAGACUUGAAUUGGAGGUACAUGCCUUACCAACAAUAAAUUUUAUUGUAUCUUUC